AUGCUGAGCCCGGGCAGAACGGAGGAAGCCCCCCAGCUUCUCCGUAGGCGAGCUCCGCUCCCUGUUCCCGCCUUCGCCCCCGCACACCGAUACCCUGUCCGGGCAGCUGCACCCGACGGCCCCGGAGUCCCUGCCCGACUCGGCCUCGCCUGUCUGCUGCUGCUGUUGCUUACGCUGCCGCCCCGCAUAGAUGCGUCCUGGUGGUAUAUCGGGGCACUGGGGGCCCGGGUGAUCUGCGACAACAUCCCCGGGCUGGUGAGCCGGCAGCGCCAAUUGUGCCAGCGCUACCCCGACAUCAUGCGCUCCCUGGGCGAGGGCGCCCGAGACUGGAUCCGCGAGUGCCAGCACCAGUUCCGUCAUCACCGCUGGAACUGCACCACUCUGGACCGGGACCACACCGUCUUUGGCCGGGUGAUGCUCAGAAGCAGCCGGGAGGCGGCUUUCGUGUAUGCCAUCUCCUCGGCAGGUGUGGUCCAUGCCAUCACUCGGGCCUGCAGCCAGGGAGAGCUGAGUGUGUGCAGCUGCGAUCCUUACACACGUGGUCGGGACCGAGACCAGCGUGGAGACUUUGACUGGGGUGGUUGUAGUGACAACAUCCACUAUGGGGUCCGCUUUGCCAAGGCCUUCGUGGAUGCCAAGGAGAAGAGGCUCAAGGAUGCCCGGGCCCUCAUGAAUUUGCACAACAAUCGGUGUGGCCGCACGGCUGUACGUCGAUUCCUAAAGCUGGAAUGUAAGUGCCAUGGAGUAAGUGGCUCCUGCACCCUUCGCACCUGCUGGCAUGCACUCUCCGACUUCCGCCGGACUGGUGACUACCUUCGGAGGCGCUAUGAUGGAGCUGUGCAGGUGACUGCCACUCAGGAUGGUGCCAACUUUACUGCUGCCCGUCAAGGCUAUCGCCAUGCCACUCGGGCCGACCUUGUCUACUUUGACAACUCCCCAGACUACUGUGUUCUGGACAAGGCUGCUGGGUCCCUGGGCACCGCAGGCCGAGUAUGCAGCAAGACGUCGAGAGGGACAGACGGAUGUGAGGUCAUGUGCUGCGGCCGUGGCUACGACACGACCCGAGUCACUCGUGUCACCCAGUGCGAGUGCAAGUUCCACUGGUGCUGCGCCGUGCGCUGUAAGGAGUGCCGGGACACUGUGGAUGUCCACACCUGCAAGGCCCCCAAGAAGGCAGAGUGGCUGGACCAGACCUGA